CGAUUUCAAGAUUUCAAAUAUAUAUCCACUCGAGUCUCGAAACCUGUUCUCAACACAAAUGUUUUCCCGAAGUCUCCAAAGAAGUCACUAUUGCGGCCGCCGUUGAAUCCAUUGAAUGGCACCAAAUGUUGUCUGCAUUUGAGUUGUGUUGAUAUGAGGAUAGUUGUCGGCCCUCCCGGUGGUAGCGAUUCAUUCCGCGGCGGUUCAAGUGGUGGCGGAACAGCUGGAGUGACUAGUGGUGGCGGCGACAAGACUUUUAACAGUUCGAGUGGCACUGGAAGCGGAACCGGUGGCAAAGACGGACAGUUGUGUUGUCCUAAAUGCGGGAAUCCGUGCACUCAUGUCGAGACGUUUGUUUCGUCGACCCGUUUCGUGAAGUGCGAGAAAUGUCUUCACUUCUUCGUCGUAUUGUCUGAAAUUGAUUCCAAGAAAUCGUUUAAAGAGAACCGAAAUGUUAACGAGAAACUCAAUGUGCAGAGAAAGCCUCCGCCGCCGCCCAAAAAAAUCUUUGAGUUCUUGGACAAGAACGUUGUCGGACAGAAUUACGCUAAGAAAGUGCUAGCGGUUGCCGUUUAUAAUCAUUAUAAACGCAUUUAUCACAAUAUGCCCACCAAUAGCAGCGGCGGUGGCACUACUUCUGGCCGCUCUGUACUCACUAAUGAGAAUAUAGUUGACACACAUUCUGCCGGAAUCUUCAACCAUAAGGAUCUGCUGCACAUAACAGGUUUGGGCACAAGUAAUGCUUUGGGUGUCGGGAACUUUCAGAACCAACAGAACUUCCAGUCAACAGACAUUCCCGACGCGACCACAAGCGGACAAUCGACUCUAAACUCGAACCGUGGAAACGAUGUCUUGGAUGUGACCACUCAUGAGCUGAGAUUAGAGAAAUCCAACAUUUUAUUGUUGGGACCGACAGGCAGUGGAAAGACAUUACUGGCGCAGACAAUAGCGCGAUGUCUGGAAGUGCCGUUCGCUAUCUGCGACUGCACGACACUGACUCAGGCCGGGUAUGUCGGCGAAGACAUCGAGUCUGUGAUCGCAAAGCUAUUACAAGACGCCAAUUACAACGUGGAGAGAGCGCAACAGGGAAUCGUGUUCCUGGACGAGGUCGACAAGAUAGGCGCCGUUCCCGGCAUUCAUCAGCUCCGGGAUGUGGGCGGAGAGGGUGUGCAACAGGGGAUGCUUAAGAUGUUGGAGGGCGCCAUUGUUAACGUUCCCGAACGCAACUCUCGCAAACUGAGGGGCGAAACAGUAGUGGUGGACACGACUAACAUACUGUUCGUAGCGUCGGGUGCUUUCAAUGGUUUGGACAGAAUUGUUAGCCGAAGAAAGAAUGAGAAAUAUCUGGGAUUCGGAGCACCCGUUUCCUCAUCGCCCGGACGGAGAGCCGCUUCGGCCGCCGAUGUGGCCAACAAUUACAGCUCCAACAGCGCGGCCGACGACUUGGCAGAAAAGGACGCUUUGCUCAAAGUGGUUGAGGCCAGAGAUCUGAUUGAGUUCGGGAUGAUUCCCGAAUUUGUGGGCCGUUUCCCAGUGGUUGUGCCCUUCCAUAGCCUGACAGAGGAUAUGUUGGUUCAGAUCCUGACUGAGCCGCAGAACGCACUCAUACCUCAGUACCAAAUGUUGUUCGGUAUGGAUAAGGUUGAGCUCACCUUCCAUUCAGACGCCCUCAAGACUAUCGCUAAGCAGGCGAUGGAACGCAAAACCGGCGCCAGAGGUCUACGGGCUAUACUCGUUGAGCUCACCUUCCAUUCAGACGCCCUCAAGACUAUCGCUAAGCAGGCGAUGGAACGCAAAACCGGCGCCAGAGGUCUACGGGCUAUACUCGAAACGAUUCUUUUGGAGCCCAUGUUUGAGAUUCCGGGAACCGAUGUGUCGAGUGUUCACAUUACCGAAGAUGUAGUGUUAGGCAAAAGCAAACCACAAUACGUACGCUCAUCGACCUCUUCAUCCACUAUUCACGACGUUUACGACAACAACGACUCAACUGUUGAGCUCACCUUCCAUUCAGACGCCCUCAAGACUAUCGCUAAGCAGGCGAUGGAACGCAAAACCGGCGCCAGAGGUCUACGGGCUAUACUCGAAACGAUUCUUUUGGAGCCCAUGUUUGAGAUUCCGGGAACCGAUGUGUCGAGUGUUCACAUUACCGAAGAUGUAGUGUUAGGUAAAAGCAAACCACAAUACGUACGCUCAUCGACCUCUUCAUCCACUAUUCACGACGUUUACGACAACAACGACUCAACUGUGGCUCAGGAUGUGUUUGACUUCUUGCCGGUGUUUGCGGUGAUUGUAUUGAUGCCAAUCCUGAUUGUGGUCUCACCGGUGAUGGCUAUGAAUGAGCUGAACGUAUAUCGUGUCCAACACUUUGAUCUGCACAACAGUCGCUUCGGUUCGCGACAGUCGGUCAUGAACUUAGAGGCCAUCACUGUUUCGCAGAUCAAAGAAAGUUUCGCCAAGAAGUGUGUCAUCUUUAAGAUGACUGAUUUGAUGGACAAUAUGGAGUCGUUGAUGACUAUCAUCGACCAGACACUGGCCGCCGGUCUACUCGUUAUAAUACCGAAGACUAUGCGUUCCCUAAAUGAAGAGCAGAUGCAAAGGUUGCUCUCAUUUGAGAAGUCUUUGGUGACCAAAGAAAUACAAAUUGCAAUUUACGUCACCUAUGAAUCUAAACACAUCUUAAGUCUCUAUGAAAUGCAAUCCAAGAAAUCGCUCCAGUCGCUUCUUCUCCUGUUGGCAAAACUUAUCGGCGCUGGAGUUGAGGACCAAAUGCCGACCAUUGCAGUGGUCGCUCAUUACGACGCCUUUGGUUUAGCGCCGGCAAAACUUAUCGGCGCUGGAGUUGAGGACCAAAUGCCGACCAUUGCAGUGGUCGCUCAUUACGACGCCUUUGGUUUAGCGCCGGAACUCUCAUUUGGAGCCGACUCUAACGGAAGUGGAGUGACGGCACUCUUAGAACUGAUCCGAUUAUUCUCGAAGCUCUACUCCAACUCCAAGACUCAGCCCAAAGUAAAUCUGCUGUUUCUGCUGUCGAGCGCCGGAAAAUUCAAUUACUUCGGCACUAAGAAGUGGAUCGACCAACAGUUGGACGGCAACGAAGGCAGUCUUCUAACGGACUCGUUGUUCACUAUAUGUCUGGAUUCGUUGGCCGAUAGGGACCGCAAUAGUGGCCUAUUUAUGCACGUCUCGAAACCGCCCAAAGAGGGAACACCAGCCGCUCAACUGUUCCACGACUUAUAA